UGCAUCAGCUGACCGUGGUGCUGGGUGACUUUCUCUGCGGAUGUUUGGCACUUGCUGGGUGGACCUUUGCAGGUUUUGUACAAAUAAAACGAAGACAUGUCUGCGAUUGUGAGAAGAAUAAUUAGCACUGCUAAAGCACCGUCAGCUAUUGGCCCCUACAGCCAGGCGGUGGUUGUGGACCGCACCAUGUAUGUCUCAGGGCAGAUAGGAAUGGACCCUACGUCUGGACAGCUGGUAUCUGGAGGCGUACUGGAAGAGGCCAAGCAGGCUCUGACAAACAUGGGGGAAAUUCUUAAAAGUGCAGGCUGUGAUUAUAACAAUGUUGUGAAGACCACUGUACUACUGGCAGAUAUGAAUGACUUCAAUGGUGUUAAUGAUGUUUACAAGCAAUUUUUCAAGAUUAACUUUCCAGCAAGAGCUGCAUAUCAGGUAGCAGCCUUACCAAGGGGUGCCCGUGUUGAGAUUGAAGCUAUCGCUGCAGUGGGGUCAAUCACAGAUGUAUCUGCCUGACUAACCGAGCAGAACCUCAGCAAACUCUAACACGUUUCUUUACCCAUAUCACGACAUUCUUUAAAAUAAAUACUGCCCCAACUGUUUAUUGAAAGAGCACUUACUGUUACACAUUGGUUUAAAUCACCCAAAACCACAGCCAAGAAAUAAUUAUGUCAGUGUUUAAGUCAGCUAAUAUACUGUAGAUGAUUAUGAUGUCACUGUGAUGUUAGAUUGUUUUUAAUAAAAUGGGUCCAUCUACAAAUCUUUGUACUAAGUCCCUAAAAUACAGUGUUAGUUCUAACUGCUGAACUUUUGUACUAAAUGUAGCACAAAACUAUUACUAUUAAAACACUGGUACAGUACUUCCUAA